ACGACGAGCAGUUUCAAGAUACGUCAUGCUCUGAUCGUGAUCCUUUUCUUUAUUUUUAACAAUGGCGUUGAAGCUAGAGACGAUCGGUAUUCCCCACCUGCCAGAUUCGCUGCCGGUUCAUGUGGCGCUGUUUCGCAAUGUCCAGAACUCGGCCUUUCUGCGACAGCAGCUGCUAGCCGGCAAUGCAGAGUUUGAAUACGCAUUGAUUGAUGCAAGCCUGGUGCUUUCCAGAGCGCACGCAUUAGCAGCCAUCUUUCGUGCAAUGAAUGACUACAUGAAUAAUCGACUCAAAUCCCACAAUGUGCACUCGGAGAUUGUGUUCUCAUUCAACCCGACCAACAAUAUCGCUGAGUCCUUCCGCAAGCUCGGUAUUGCCGACUCCACCAAGGACUUGUUGGUUGUUAAAGUCUCCGUGACUCCGGAGAUAACCCAUGACUCCGUUGCCGCCCAUCUAGAAAGUUCCGUCGAAGGAACAUCCGUGUCUUUUGACGACCUAACGUUGUCCGAAAUCUCCGACAUCAACAAGAUCAAGAAGCUUUACAAACUCGGUGCCCUACCUUCUCCAACGGCCAAGUCGGAUGCUAGCCAGCCUUACCCUGACGACGCCAAAAGACGAUUGGAGCAGUCAAUGCUGGGAGCCAUUGCUCUCCGGGGAUCAUGAUGAGAUUAAUAGAACCGAUAUACCGUCACGGCCUUGUUAUUGACCAAAGCGACGUCAGAAUAAAGGUAUCAUUGGCGGUGAUGAUUCGUCGUGCAUCCUUUGACUUGUGUGGCCAUGAGUCUUGCCGUCUAUUGUCUCUCGCCCUCGAGUGACGUGUUACUUGGCCAGAACUUUUGUUGAUAUCGGCACAUUUUGUGGAUUAUGGAUGGCAUCCCAGUGACAGCAAUACCGCCCUGAGAGUACCCCAUACAAUGACUUGAGGGGUUCCAUGUGACCAGAUAGCGACCUGGGAAGAAGCAAAGCAUGACAGGCCUCGAAGAAGCUUGGCCUUGCAAGAUGGAUCAUGCUUUGUGAUAGAUAAAUCACAUAAAAUAAUGACAUUAUGAAAUUCAAUCAAGUCAGAACCGGACCAUAUGUUUUCC